AGCAGAGCUGGGCGUCUGCAGCCACUGUAGCCUACACGUCUUUGUCUUCUUAGGUGAAGAGUGUGUGUCUUAGCAAAACCAUCCAUUGAUUGAAGCUGAGUGGAUUGAUCAUUUAGCCAACAUGUGGACUGCAUGUCCACAAAAAGAGCAGGCUAGCCCUGCUCAGGGGGUUAACUGCUAAGCAUGCUGGGUAAGGCUCAGCCCACUACCAGUAACCUCAACCUGGUGAAGUCAGAAGUUUCUGACCUCUCGGUGGUCUCGGACGUACACGACGGCAUCAACAUGGCCGAUCUUGUGGAGAGCUUGGACACCAGAGAGCUGGACAUGGGGGAAGGAGAGGAGGUUGAUGAUGGAAGCUGCUUAGGGGACAGUCGUAUCCCAUUUUCAGCGGUUUAUGCCACAGUGGGGUUUAAGGAGGCCACUGCUAAGGUCUACCUUGCCACUGUGCCCAUCACUGCCCGGAUCCUUGAGGUGGAGAGAUUCACCACUGCACAGGACCGCUUCAAUCUGUCUCACCACAGGAGUGUCAACAAGUCUCUGCCUGCAGUGUUUAAGAUUGAGCUGAAGCACGGUGAGUUUACCUGGAUGGUAAAGAGAAAGGAGAAACAUUUCAUGGAGCUGCACAGAGAGCUGAGGACAUACAAGACCUUCAUGAGGAUACCGCUGCCAUCACGCAGCCACACAGUGAGGAGGAAGACAGUGAGGAAGAGUGAAGUGAGGGAGAUGCCCUCGCUGCCCAGGGGAGGAGGAGAUGAACUGGCGCGAGACGAACAGGUCUCUAGCAGGAGGAGACAAUUAGAAGACUAUUUGAACAAGCUGCUGAAGAUGGCCAUGUACCGCAAAUAUCACCAUACUAUGGAGUUCAUUGACGUCAGCCAACUGUCUUUCAUUCAUGACUUGGGGCCCAAAGGACUGGAAGGGAUGAUUUAUAAGCGCUCAGGGGGGCAUCGUAUCCCUGGCAUGAAUUGCUGUGGCCACAGCCAGGCCUGCUACCGCUGGUCCAAACGCUGGCUGGUGGUGAAGGAUUCAUUCCUGCUGUAUAUGAAGCCGGACACAGGGGCCAUCUCCUUUGUCCUGCUGGUGGAUAAAGAGUUCAGCAUCAAGAUGGACUCCAAAGAGACAGAGACCAAACAUGGAGUCAGGAUCGAUAGCUUAUCCAGGGCUUUGGUGUUUAAGUGCAUCAGCUACAGACACGCCCGCUGGUGGGGUCAGAGCAUCGAAAGCUUUGUAAGGAGUCAUGGAAAGGCUUUCCUUCGAGAUCACCGCUUUGGAUCAUUUGCACAGGAAGAGGAAAACAUACCUGCCAAAUGGUAUGUGAAUGGAAAGACUUACAUGGAGGAUGUGGCUGAUGCUUUGGAGGAGGCUAAAGAGGAAAUAUUCAUCACAGACUGGUGGUUGAGUCCAGAGAUCUUCCUGAAGAGACCUGUGGUGGAGGGUAACAGAUGGAGGCUGGACUGUAUCCUCAAACGCAAAGCACAACAAGGAGUGCGGAUAUUUGUGAUGUUGUACAAAGAGGUGGAGCUCGCCCUGGGCAUUAACUCAGGUUACAGUAAGAGGACCCUCCUGCACCUGCACCCCAACAUCAAGGUGAUGCGUCAUCCAGAUCACGUCUCCUCCUCCGUCUAUCUGUGGGCACAUCAUGAAAAGAUCGUUGUCAUUGACCAAUCAGUGGCCUUUGUUGGUGGGAUUGACCUCGCGUAUGGUCGCUGGGACGACAAAGAGCAUCGGCUGACGGAUGUUGGCAGUGUGACACGUUCUGUGGCCCUGGAGCAGGCCAGCUCCAACACUCCAUCCAGUAAGGGCGUGUCUUCUGUUGAUGGCAUCUCCCACAGCAACGGACGAGGCACCCCGCCCAGUGAUCCAGUGGACUUGCCCAAACUGAAGGGACUAGGUCGCAGUAGGAAGGCUCGCUUCAGUCUCUACAAACACCUGCAUAAGCACACCAUGCAGCCAGCAGACAGUGUCAGCAGUGUCGACAGCGCAGGCAGUGGUUCAGUGCGAAGCCUAAAGACCGGUGUUGGAGAGUUACAGGGGAACACUCGCUUUUGGCAUGGAAAGGACUAUUGCAACUUUGUCUACAGGGACUGGAUUCAGCUCGAAAAACCUUUUGAUGACUUUAUCGACAGGUACACCACUCCCAGAAUGCCUUGGCAUGACAUCGCCUCAGUGGUUCAUGGCAGAGCUGCCCGGGAUGUGGCGAGACACUUCAUUCAGCGCUGGAACUUCACAAAGAUCAUGAAGCCAAAGUAUCGGUCUCUGUCUUAUCCAUUCCUGCUGCCCAAGUCUCACUCCAGUGCCAGUGAGCUCAGAUACCAAGUCCCUGACAGUGUUAAUGCCAAAGUGCAGGUGUUACGGUCAGCAGCUGACUGGUCGGCAGGCAUAAAGUACCAUGAGGAGUCCAUCCAUAAUGCCUACAUCCAAGUCAUCGCCAAGAGCAAACACUACAUCUACAUAGAGAACCAGUUCUUCAUCAGCUGUGCCGACAAUAGGACAGUCUAUAACAAGAUUGGAGAUGCUAUCAUCGAAAGGAUCAUCAGAGCACACAAGGAGGGUAAAAAGUACCGUGUGUAUGUGGUCACCCCUCUGCUUCCUGGUUUUGAGGGGGACAUCACCACAGGAGGAGGGAAUGCCAUCCAGGCUGUCAUGCACUUCAACUACAGAACCAUGAUCAGAGGAGAAUACUCCAUCAUCUCCCAGCUGAAAAAAGAGAUGGAUGAUCAGUGGAUGAACUAUAUCUCCUUCGCUGGUCUGCGGACUCACUGUGAGCUGGAGGGACGCCUGGUAACAGAGCUCAUCUACGUCCACAGCAAGAUGCUCAUCGCUGACGACAACACAGUCAUCAUCGGUUCUGCUAACAUCAAUGACAGAAGCAUGCUGGGUAAACGUGACAGUGAGGUUGCAGUGAUUAUUGAGGACUCUGAGAAGGUUGCCUCUGUGAUGGAUGGACAGGAAUUUGAAGCUGGACCCUAUGCGCUUCAGCUGCGCCUGGAAUGCUUUAGGACUAUUCUUGGAGGUCACACUGACACCAGCAUUGACCUGUCUGACCCCAUCAGUGAUCGCUUCUAUAAGGAGGUGUGGAUGACCACGGCUGGCCGCAAUGCCAGCAUUUAUGAGAAGGUCUUUCGCUGCCUUCCUUCAUCCACCGUGAGGAACACGUCUGAGCUUGAGGAGUUCCUAUCCAAACCGGGUUUGGCCCAAAGUGAUCUGGCCCGUGCUCAGGAGGAGCUGCGCAGAAUCAGAGGCUUCCUGGUCCAAUUUCCUCUGGAUUUCCUGUCUGAGCACAACCUCAUGCCCUCUGUUGGAACAAAGGAGGCCAUGGUCCCAACUGAGAUCUGGACAUAAAUGAUGUGAAACCAACUGCCUACUACUUACACAUCUGAAUUUGACUGUUUGUUGAGUGAACACUCUGGAUUGUGAUCGUCAGCGGAUGUGUGAUAUUGGAUUUGCAAGAGAUCUCCUUUGAUUUACAUAAUCCAGAGAUGAGAGGUAGGUUUACAGCUGUCCUCAGGGGUUAUGACUGCUAGGCAUUGACAAAUCCGAUCAGAUCUGUUGCUACUGAACAACACUAAACAGUAGUUACAGCUUGUCAGGAUAAGCACUACAUUUUUAUAUGUAUGAAGAACUCAUAGACAUUGCACUUGAGGACAACAACAAUGACUGCAUUCUAACUGUAGAGAUGAACAGGCACAUGGAUGUGGGGGUUUUGGGACUCAAACUCAGCUCUGGAUGCUUAUGCUGUUGGACAGUGGGAAGAGCUCAAAAGACAGUGGAGAUUUCUAUGGGACCAGGGUAAGGCAGAAGUAAGUUUUUGACAACAAUAUUAAACUCCAGGUUAAAGAUAUAACAAAAUCCACAGAGAUCUUGAUACAUGUAAUUUAUUGAGAUUGUGAUGUACUCUUGUAAGAUGCAUUAAUGCUGUGUAGGCUGUUUAUGAGUUGUUUAGCCUGCAUUUGUGCUGCUUAGGAGAAAUUCUCUGAGUUUAAAAGCUAGUUAUCUGAGAUGUAUCUUUGAAUUGUUUCUGUACAACAACUCUACAACAUGUGCUUGCUCUUCACUGUGGUAGAACAUGCACACAGACAAUAUACUUUAACUGGUUCAACAGUGGUGCACGAUUUACUAACUAUGCUCAAAUUUUGUUAACAUGAUUGCCAUGAUGCAUGUACUGUACCAAUUACACCUUUGCUCUGCGAAGUUGUCGAAAGUGUUUUGUGAUAAUUAGACAUGAGAUGUAACCCUUACACAUUGCUGAAAUCAUGCUGAAUCAAAGUGAGCAUAAUUGAGAGGUACAAAAGCUAAUUCAAUUCCAUUUGUCCUGUGUGUUCAGAAAGUAUGAGCUGAAAAUAAUUAUGGUGACUGCGAUCAAAAGCUGCAGUGUAAAAACGGUUGUGCUGGUGGCCAAUAGUAGAGGCUGGAUGAGACAAUCUGCCUGUAAAUUCUGGAAAGUAAUUUCCUCUUUGCUCAACAGAUGGUGCUAGUUCCUUUUAAAGUACAAUGUGUACAACCUGAGAUUGGACUUUAAGUUUUCCCAAUGGUCUCUCUCGGUUCAUUUGUGGAAACAAUGAUUACAUGCAACAAAUGCUAAUGGAAAAGCUUUUAUAAAAAAAAAUCCAGUUUGAAAUAGCUUAUGUGUUUUGUUUCCUGCAAACAUUUCAUUAAAAAAGAUAUGUAAUUCAGUGUAAUCCUUAGAAGAGGCUGCUCUCUUCUAUGAAAUUAAAUGUUUCAAGGGAUUCUUGUGGAAGGUGACCUAUCAGUCAAUUGAUAUAUUUUGUAUGUGUGAAUGUAUGGACUCUAUGUUGAUUUAGUUUUCAUUUUUAAUAUCUGUCACAGUACCUUAUUAUCACCGAGUCCCUUUAAUGUGAAGUCAAAGAACCACUCCUUACCAUAAUUAUGCUCAGUAAUUGUUGAUGAACACAUAACUGAUCCGCAAAAAACGGGUUAAAGAUCUUCAUGAACGUUAU